AUGGAGCAGUCUGUGCCCCCGGCGCCCUGCCCCCCUCAGGGGCACACAAGGCCCCAGCCAACUGAGUAUAACUGGGACUCCUAUGCAACCACGAUGAAGAGUGCGUUCACUGUGAAGACACCAGUGUCACCAGCACUCAUUCUUUUCUUUUGUAGGAAAAGCCUCCAAAGAUUGGAAUAUCCACAUUGCCUUGGAGAACCUGUUCAAAAUCAGACCCUUUACAAUGACGAGUACACCUGGAAGUGUCCUAACGAGGACGGUCUCAACCACAGAAUGAAGCAAGGCACGCAGGGGGCUCUGCCCCUGGGACCCCGGCCAACGUCCAAGAACAGCUGUGUCCCCUGGAAAUCUGUGUUGGAGGAAGAGGCCAGGAGAGCAGUGUCCCAUCAGUUCAUCUCCGUGACAAUGAGGGACUUUGUGGACAAGACCAAAGCUCAAAGGGUGAAGACGAGUCCCCGAGAAACUCCUGAGCAGAAGUCCAUCCCCCGGCCUCCAGAAACGGAAUUUCGGCGAAAUUUCCAAGUCCCAGAUAAAAUGCCUGAAUGCCAGGAUAUUAGUUUCAAAUAUGGAUGUUACUCCACGCUGUCUGCCCCUUCCCAGGGCAUCGUUCCUUCAGCGCUGCCCAGCCGCAUGUGGAACCAGGAGGGUGCCACACACCAGACCACCUAUCAGAGGCAUUACGGGCAGGUCCCCUUGGACGUCUUGAUGAUUCUAAACUCCUUUAGCCCUGCUCAAAUCACAGAGUACCUGAGUAAGGUUUCCUGCAAAGACAGACAAAUCCUUGAACGCUUCAUUCGUUCUCAUGGCUUUGACCAGAAGAAGAUGGAGGGAAAAGAUAACGGAGCACAUGAAGCCCCCUGA